AUGUCGCUCCCUGCCCCGGGGGAGGUUUGCUGGCAGGCCCCUGCCUUCGCCCUGUACGUGUUUACGAGCCAGCGGAGAAGAGCCGGGCGCCGGCGCCGCCGGGCCAGCGCCCUCUCCCGGGAGGCCGGCGGGGGAGAAGCGUCCCCUUGCCGCCUCGCAGGGCUCGCGGCAGCUUGUUUACCGCCUGCCGUCCCCUCCUCCCGUCCCGGCUGCCGGGGUAUUUUUGGGAAACACGGCUCAGCCUGUGCCUUCGGCCAGCUGCGUGCUCCAGUGACCCUUAUUGUCGCCAGCGUUAAACGAGACAAAAACCUCAUCGGGGAGCUGCGGAAGGCACAGUGCCAACAGCCACUUGUAGCAACCAUAGCCUCCACGGACAUGGGGCUUCUGCUGAGAGAUGAUGUGUUUGUCGACUUUUUCAACACAUUUCUGAAUCUUCCCGUUUUUGGCCAGACACCCAUUUAUAUCAGCAGUACAGGCCAGUGGAACCUCUGGCCAGAGCUGCCGAGCCACCUGGAUCCCAGCCCCCUGGCUUUACUGGCUUGGCUGGAAAAGCACCGGCUGCCUCACUUCUGCAAAUCCAGCCUUUGCCUCCACCUCGUCCUCUGCCAGAAGCUCCUGGGUUUCGUUCGGUCGGGGGAAGCAGCAAAACUGCUGAACUGGCAAAGCGCUGACCGGUGGCUACUGGAAAAGUGCAUCAGCGGGAGCCAGGGCAUGUGGCACUUCCGGGCCUUCAUCCGAGGAAUGGCAGGGGAAGAACUGACUAACUUCUGGCUCACUACUGAAAGGCUCCUGGAGCUUGAUGAGUCAGAUGAAAGGCAGAGUGACCUCUACCUGUCCUUGCUCCACAGGCUGAAAGCCACUCACCUGCGUGAAGGCUCCAGUGUCAUCACUCUCUGCAGGACCAUCACUGGGUCACUGCUGAAAGCCAGGCAUAUUCAGUCCAUCAGCACCAGGAGGGAGAUCCUAAGCAAGAUGCAGGAACAGGUCCUUUUUACAAUUCAGAGUUACUGGCUCCCUAAAUUUUUCAUCCACUGCAAGAUGGGCAUGAAGGAAGAGAAAUUGUGCUGGCCUUUGCUACAGGAAUAUCAGGAGCGUUUAUUAUGGGCCAACUCAGAGGAGCCCUCAGGCUUUCCAGAGAAUCUGUUCACGAUGCGUAUUAAAAAGAGUCAGGGUUUGUCAGGGCCCUACUGCAGUAAGAAGGCCAAAGUGGAGAUCUGGGCUCUGGUCAGGGAGGUAAGAGACAUCCAAGAAAUGAAGAUGCCCAGUUUUCAGGUGCAACCAGAAAGGCAGCCAGGGCCAGCUGGGAGCACAAAGGAAUCUUCUCUGGAUAAGGAUGUUUUGGAAUCAAUUCCACAGCAGUCAGAGCAUCCUGCAAACCCUGCCUUUGGAGGCGAAGGAGGAGCAACCUCUCCCAAAAGACCCAGACCUAAUUCAGAGCAGGUGCUUCACCUGAAAGACCUCUGUAAAGAGAAAGUCCUCUCAAACCUGUGCUCCUCUGCACCCGUUGCCCAGCUGCAAUCCCUGGAAAAACCAGUCAAGACCUUGGGUUUUCUUGCCUGGGCCCUUAGUGCUGAGACCUGUGCAGGAUGGCCCUUCAGGGACUUCUUGAAGUGCCAGGACCGGCCCAUGGAGACUCUUCUCCUGGACCUGUGGCAUGACCUGGAAGAAUUUCUGUCUGCGGUGCUGGACCCUAGCAGAGAAAAUAGUUUCUUCUUGCGUCAUUUGACUGGGGAGAAGAUAUGCAAGACCUACCUGGAGGAGGGCACCAUUCAGCAGCUUCCCUUGGAGACCAGGACCCUCAGGAGACUGCGGAACCAUCUGAUGUCUGGAGAAUUCUCCCCCUGGAUAUUCAGAGCUCAGGAGGAGAUUUGCAAGGUGCUCUACUGCUUCUAUGAGGAAUUUCUGGCUGAUGAUGACAGGAUGUUCCUCCAGUUUAUGUCUCCUCAGAGCAGUGUCCCAAUGCCCGAGAUGCAAGACCACUCAGUUGGGAAAGAAGAACGUUUCGUCCUGUCCCAGCGGAUAAACGAGUCCUUGAAGCUGAGCCAGGCCUUGCACGGCACAAGGAACUUGGAAGGUCUCUCCUCCAAGCACUGGCAAUUAAUUGCCACUCGGGACCUCCGGAAUGGGGGCUCCAUCCAGGCAGAGGCAGAACUUCUCCUGUGCAAUACCAACUCCCAGAAGAUGAUGUCAAAUGAGCUGGCUGUUCAGAAACUUUCACUGACUGUGGAUAGCCCAAGCAAGGAAAAUGAGCUUUUAAAUCUCAAAAGCCCAUCAGCUGGUGACUCCAGUCUGAGCAGGCUAGAAGCAGGCCAGAGAAAGUGGGAGGGCUUCUCUGAAGCAGAUGCCGAGGAGGUCAAACCAUGCAAGGUGAAGAGUUCCCACAGCACCCAGUGUCUCCUGUGCGAGGUCCACCAUGCAGACAACAGCAUGGUGGCUCUGGAGUCCUUUGCCCUGUGGACAGUUGUGAGCAGGCUCUGGCUGUCAUUUGAGGAAGAGGACAACCCUGUUCUGUCCCCACAGCUGUUGAACACAAGAACAAAAAGAAGAGGACUGUUCCUGCACUUCAUGAAAGUACUGCACAACCCUGACCACCUGCAGUUCUUCAAGCAGUUCCUUGAGGAGCACAAUGCAGAUAAGCCACUGCAUUUCUGGGUGGCUGUGAAGAAGCUGUCAGAAACCAACCCGAAGAUGAAGAGCUUCCUCAUUAGCAGCAUUGUCAGAAAUUAUUUUCAUGCUGAAACCCUAGCUGAGGAGCAGUUGAACUGCCACACUUCUACCAUCAAAGAAAUAAAUGAGGCUGAAGCAGUCAGCCUGCACAUGUUGUUGACAGCACAGAUCAUUGUCCAGAAAGCAAUGGUAAAACGAUGUUUUGCUCUCAUCAUGCAUCUCGCUGCCUGCAACAUGCAGUCAGAAAAGGAAGUUACUUCUCUCAAAAGGAAAGUCACCAUCAUCAGCAAACUCUUCUUGAACUCUGAUAUUCUGCCUAAAUUGUGGGUAAACAUCUCUGAAGAAGAAAUAGAUUUUAUCUGGAGUUUAUCUUCCAAGGGGCUGCCAAACUGUGUCAUCUACCACAGAGCCAAGGUCAUCAUCUUCCCCAUCCUGAUACAUUUCUGGAGAAGGUUCUGCACAUGGAAGGUGAUGAGGAGCUUUCAAGUCUCCAAGGACAGGGUGCAAAUCUCUUCACUUAGGACAAGAACCUCAUCCAAAUCAUCUGAUAUCUGCAGUCCAAGUAACCUAAGCACCUGUCCCCCUGCUCCACACUUAUACGGUGUGUGCACGGCCGGGAAGGUGGCAGGCAUAAAUCCAUCUCCAUCACCAGGCGUCACUGUGGUGCUGUCUCUGCCUUUACACAGACCGGAGGGGCCGGUCCUGCCGGAGAUUGGGCAUACUGCCUGCACCCCACUUCACGAGCAAGAGCAUACAUCAGGGGAAGGACAGACGUCCAAGGAAGAACAGAACUCCCAACAUAUUGUGAACACUGAGCAGGACAGGGGCGUACUCCAAGAAAGCUCUGAGCAGCCCAAUCACACUGCAUAA